CUGUGGAAUCGAAACAACUCUAAAUGAGAACAAAUCGCUCUUUUAUGUUCAAAACACACGUAAUGAAGAAAUGUGCUUUGACUUUAUAGCUAUUUCUCAAAGGACUAUUCUUGAAAUAGGUGGUUGUGAUUUCACUCAAAGUGAUACAGCUGAUCUACGGGUAUUUCCAAGAAAUUGUUAUAGGCGCGAAACAAAAGAGGAAUGCAUCAGAUGGUCCGCCAAAGUACUGGAUGUAAUUAAAAUUGCCUUAGAUCCGUAUGGUUAUUGUAAAUUCACGAUGAUGAUAACCGAGAAAAUGCCGAGUGUGGUAAUUCCCUUUUGUUUGUUUAACCGUGACAACGCAAUGGACUCGCAACUUAAAAGAGAAUCACCCUACUUUCAAUGGUCACCAUAUCAAACUGAUCCACCUAUCCCAGCAAACAUGACGAGCCAAAGCAACUGUAGAAGAGUUCUAAACAGUGAUGAAUUGAGUACAUUGGAAACAGAAAAAAUUCCCAUCCAGAAUAUCCUGUGUGUUGAGGAAACCUUUUGGCAGUUUUGGUAUGUGAUCAAUUUCUACAAAGGCCGGUAUUUCUUGAGAGGCUUAAAAUUUCAUUGGAACCACCGAUAUUACGUUGAUAUAUUGUUAUACAUUGACCAGAUCGCAAUGCACGCAAAAGACAUUUCUGCUCUACGCCCAAUUCCGGAAAUAAAACAACCUAAAGGAUUCAACGCUCCAGACAACCUCAGUUUCGGAAACUGCGGAAGGAAACCGACAUCAACAGGAACGAAACUAGAAAAGGACGAUUCUUCCACAGAAAUACCAUCGAUCGCUGGUCAAAUUUUCCGUGGAAACAUUUCUCAGACAGGCGAUCAUCCUUGGCACGUUUACAUUGAGAAUUUGAUGACUGGAGGAGCCUGCGGCGGGACAUUGAUUUCACCGACGGUAGUUUUGACUGCGGCACAUUGUAUUUAUGGAUCGAAAGCAGAGGAUUUCAGAGUUUCUCUUGGGUUGUAUGAUAAAAGAAAAAGAAGAGCCCCUGGUGUUCAGAGAAGAAAGCUCAGCAGUAUGAUCACGCACCCGAAAUAUGACUCUGCGGAAUUCAUUAGUGACGUCGGACUUGUGAUUUUGAAGAAAAAAGUAAAAAUAACCAACAAUGUCCGACCGAUUUGCUUGUGGAACGACGACUCUGACUCAAACUUGGCUCGCGUCGCUGGAACCAAAGCUAUGGCGGUUGGGUUUGGGCUCGUCGACAACCACACGCGCACAGAUGAUCUGCAAGAGGUUCGACUGCCGAUUUUAACUCACAAAGAAUGCUACUUGUCGAAAAGAAAUUUCUUUGCGAAAUAUUUGCGGCCGGGAGACAACUUUUGCGCCGGCUACACGAACGGAACCACCACCUGCAACGGGGACAGCGGAGGCAGCCUUUCCGUGGAAAAAGACGGCCGUUGGUUCAUCAGGGGCAUUGUCAGCUUUGGAAUGUCGAAAAUAGUGAAGUUUAAGGGCAGAAAUAUAUCGUUGUGUCACCCUUAUCAAUAUACGUUGUUUGCUGACAUCGCGAGGUCCAUCGACUGGAUCGUUCCAAACACGCCGGAAAUUUCAUUCCGAAAAAUCCAACGUUGUCGGUGGUAUUCUAUUUUUUUUGGAAAAUGAAGAUUGGCCUGAUUAAGGUCAUAUAGUAAAGGUUGAACAGUAAAGAGUAGAUAUAGAUAGAUAAUCUUUCAAAGACAUGUUUUUUCUAUGGUUUUUGAAAAUAAAUGGUUAUAGAAGUUUUGA